AUAAACCAUGUAUAUAUCUGCCAUUAUAAAACAAAACAUUUUGUUUUUUUUUUACAAAUAUCUUUAAUAUUAGGGAAAACAAAAAAGAGGAAAAGCCAUUUUCAACACCUUCGUCUUCUCCAUUCUCUCUCUACCAAAUCUGGCAGAGAAAAACAAAAAAACCGUAGAAGAAAAAACGAGAUUGAAGCAGCUUAAACAAAGGGGAGAAAAAUCGAUUUUGGGGUUUAUGAUGGAUAAGAGCUGUAACUCCUCCGACGAUUCCUCCGCCGUAUCCGCCUCCGCGACGAGUAGUACCGGUAACAAUACAGGGAACAGAGAUCAUUACCUGAGACAGCUGAAUAAGCUAUCUCAUAAGAUAUCAAAACCCACGGCAAACUCCUCCUCCGCCUCCGUGAACCGAGAAAUUGAUCAUCAAUCGUUUCCUCCUCCUCCGCCGCCGCCAAUUAAUCAGGGGAGUCUCCACCAGCAUCAACCUCCUGUUUACAAUAUAAACAAGAACGAUUUCAGAGAUGUGGUUCAGAAACUCACCGGCUCGCCUGCGCAUGAACGGAUCUCUGCUCCGCCGCAGCAGCCGAUACACCACCCUAAGCCUCAACAGAGUUCGCGUCUUCACAGGAUCCGUCCUCCUCCGUUGGCUCACGUUAUCAAUCGCCCUCCUAAUUUGGUAAAUGACGCUCUUAUCCCUCCAGGUGCUCAUCAUAAUAACUGGACCGCCGGAUUUGUCCCUCGACCAACGGCGCCUCUUUCUCCUCUCCCACCGCUUCCUCCUGUUCACGCGGCGGCGGAAUCUCCGGUCUCCUCCUACAUGCGGUACCUUCAGAACUCGAUGCUCGCAAUCGAUUCGAAUCGGAAGGAGUUCUCUGGUUUAUCGCCGUUAGCUCCUUUGGUCUCACCUCGCUGGUUUCAACAACAACAGGAAAAUGCUCCGCCGCCGCAAAACAACAGUCGCCCUCCUCAUCCCGCGGCUCCGGGAACAGUCUCGCAGGCGGCGCCGACAUCGAUUCCGGCGCCUCAAUUAUUCGGAUGUCUAAGUUCGCCCAAAUCACCAUACGGAUUACUUUCACCGAGCAUACUCUUAUCGCCGACGUCAGGUCAAUUAGGAUUCCCGGUAUCUCCGACGACGGUGCCUCUUCCUAGCCCUACAUACAAAGGUCACUGAUCCGAAAAAAAAAAAAAAAAAAA